CAGCCUUCCAAUCUGGCUGUUACAAUAACUAUCUAUCGGCAUGCAAAACAUUCCACGUCUAACAGGUACACGAUUUGAUCCUAUCUAUCCACCAAGCAUCGGAUCAUCCUUAUCAAGUACGUAUCAUGAGGAAGAUCUAAAGAGGAAUAACUAUCGUGCUUUAUCAUGGGAUAUUCCUUUAAAUACGGAAGAGUUUGAUAUUACAGACGAUUUUGGCAUAACAUGUAAAGGUCAUCUCAUCUGUUCACCGACACCGAAUAAGAAGUGUCUUCCAUCACGUGAUGUGUUAUAUUUCCGUAAUCUAGAUGCUAAACACUUUUGCUACACUAAAGAAUAUAUUCCGGAUUAUGAUAGAUUUGGCCAUAAACAACUGAUGAAUCGACAGAAAGCUGUAUUUGGUGCUUGUUAUUUUUGUAUUAAUCAUCCAUCCCAUUAUGAACAAAUUAAAUUAAAUGUAUUAGAGGAAAUUAAUCGUUAUGAAGAUUAUCAUUGUGAACGGAGAGGAGUUAAACGGAGUAGUUUGGAUAGUCAGUCUCGACAGAUAUCAGUUACACUUCAUGACAAAGUGUAUAUGAAUGAACAUAGUAUGUAUGAGGAGAAUAAAACUCCAAAAAGUAGAUUAUUUACAGUGGAGGAUGACAGCAGAUAUUCUGAGAUAUCUUUAUCACUAUCUGAAAGAUUUCCAUUGCUUAGUGAAACUCUAAAGAAGAAUAUGAAAUAUAGCAGUCGUGUUGACACUGAAAUCACAGACAGUUAUGCAAUUUAUGGUCAUAGUAGUAAAGAUACUGUUAGCGACAAGAAUGAGGCAUCGGUCAAAAAGCUGUAUGAACAAGCUGCGAAUAUGAUUGUUAAUAUUAUUCAAUCACGUGUUAAGUCAAAGAAACGCUGCAGAAUACCAAAAAUUUAUGAGGUUAGUAACUUAAGUAAAUUCAGCUAAACUGGUGUUCAUAAUAAAAUUAACAACUCAAAAAAUAAUAGUACUCGUAAAAAACACUACCUAGGUAGUUGUUGAAUAAAGCAACAUUCCAACUGGUGUGACGAAUACACAUUCAGAAGAAUAAUUCUUUCAGUUGGAAAAUAUGCAGCUUUAUACCAAACAAACUAAAGAUGAGUAAGCUGUUGGUUCUCAAUUAUUCAUACACUCAGUCAUGUCCACACACCAAGGUGACUUAAACCAUAACCAUAUGUAUUUAUAUUUUGUAAUGGAGAGUACUACAAAAUAACGAAAACAACAUUUAUAGUGCGACAACUAUUGGUGUCUUCUGUUCUUCUCUUGGUUAUUGAUUAGGCACCAAAACUGUUUGUCUUCUGGAAGAACCUCACUGAUGGUUUCGAUUUAAAGGUGAUUUCAUAGUGUUAUAAGGAGUUGAGUAAACAGCAUCCAAGUGUCUUACAUUUAUUGUAAUCAGAAGCAGGGUAUGGUGACUAAGUGCAGCAUUUUGUAGAGUCAGUACGGACACCAAGCAUGACAUCUCUUGACUCGUUGUCAAACUAUUCUCAUUACUGCCUUAAAACAUAGGGUCCUAAAGGUGUAGCAUCGUUUUACUUAGCAGAUGGUGAAUGGGCGGAAUGAAAUUUUGUUGCAGUACAUAGAAGCCAAGGUUAUGAAAAUAAAACAAAAUGGACGCUGAAUAAAUAACGUAUCACUUUUAAUUUAAUGAGAGGUGCAGCGACAAAUUUUAUCAGUUGACUAAAUAUAUAUAUUAGUAAAAGCUAACACAAAUAUGACGUAAAGAAUAACCGUACAUUUGAUUUUGAUGAGACAUGUGGAUGAGUGGCACAAACAUAAAUUUCACUCAACAGUUCUACUGAUGAUAAUACACACCAAAUAAUUCACAAUUGAAAGCUCAUCGAAGCCUUUGAAAUGAAGACAGAAAUAAGACGAGAAUGGCUGUUACCACAGGUCAUGUUCGUGGUUUUAGAGAACUGGAUCAUGGGACAGGAACAGGGUGGUGAGAAAACAAGCUUAAGUUGAACUGACUAAAGGACUCUGACAUAACUGUACUUCAAAGACUAGUUAUGUCUCAUGUUUCAUAAGCUGUAAGAAUGCAAGCGAAAACUAACAGGUUGACAAAAGAGGUAGAGAAGGCCUGAUUUCGGGUGAAACUAGGGGUGAUGAGGAUACCGGACCAAUAACAACAAGUGACAAUUGCCGUCAGUGGGAGAAAUCUGUAGUGCACAUUGUACCUUUGAAUUUUUGUUUAAACUCGCUCACCCACAAUGAUCCACUUUUUAUCUUUUGAACUG